AGCCUCUUUAUAAGCCCGGCGCCCGGCGCCCGGCGGCGCCAGCUGAGGUGUGAGCAGCGGCUGGAGACCGUGGUUGGGAGACCCGGCGCUGCGCGCAGAUUCACGGAGACGUCCCGAGACCCCCAGGAGAGCCACAGGUACCAUGUCUGAGCCGUCCAGGGACGCGCAUCAGAUCCCCCGCAGCAGCAAGGCCUGCCGCUGCCUCUUUGGUCCAGUGGACAGCGAGCAGCUGCGCCAGGACUGCGACGCCCUCAUGGCCAGCUGCGUGCAGGAGGCCCGAGAGCGAUGGAACUUCGACUUUGUCACCGAGACGCCCCUGGAGGGGGACUUUGCCUGGGAGCGCGUGAGGGGCCUCGGCCUGCCCAAGCUCUACCUGCCCGUGGGGCCCCGAGACGACGUGGGAGGGGGCAAGCGGCCGAGCCCCUCAUCCGCCCUGCUGCAGGGCACGUCUCAGGAGGACCACUUGGACCUGUCGCUGUCCUGCACCCUCGUGACUCGCUCCCCUGAGCGGCCCGAGGGGACCCCUGGUGGGCCUGGCCCCUCCCAGGGCCGGAAACGGCGCCAGACCAGCAUGACAGAUUUCUACCACUCCAAACGCAGGCUGAUCUGCUCCAAGAGGAAGCCCUAACCCCGCUGCUGGAAGCACGUCCUCGUGGAAACGGACCCACUGCAGGCCUCUUCUGUACCUUUUGCCUUGGUCCUUCAGUUUGUGCGUCUUAAUUAUUAUUUGUGUUUUAAUUUAAACGCCUCCUCUUGUACAUACGCUGCUUGCUGUCACCCUUCCCACACCCCCAGCCUCUGGCAUUAGAAUUAUUUAAAAAGAAAAAAAUUAGCAGAAAAAAUAGGCUUAUUAGAUUGCUAGGUAUUUUUAUUAUAUGAACUGUUAUUUAAACCCUCUUCAUUCUUUGCUCGGAGAAGGCAAUGGCACCCUACUCCAGUACUCUUGUCUGGAAAAUCCCAUGGGCGGAGCAGCCUGGUAGGCUGCAGUCCAUGGGGUCGCUAAGAGCUGGACACGACUAAGCAACUUCACUUUCACUUUUCACUUUCAUGCAUUGGAGAAGGAAAUGGCAACCCACUCCAGUGUUCUUGCCUGGAGAAUCCCAGGGACGGGGGAGCCUGGUGGGCUGCCGUCUAUGGGGUCACACAGAGUCGGACACGACUGAAGUGACUUAGCAACAGCAGCAGCAUCCUUUGCUUUCCUCGUCCUUGCUCCUCUGAGGCUGGUGUGACCCCCAUCCUCUGGGUGGCACUCUCUGGAGGGGCCUGGCUCCCUCCCCGCUGCCAUCUGAUGGGUGUUACGAAGUCUCGAAGUCUCGCCCCCUCUUUCCUGCAUUCUCAGACCUGAAUUCCUUAUAAUCUGAGAAGUAAAUAGAUAGCACUUUGAAGGGGGCCCAACAGAGUUGGAGGCAUCAUCAGAACUUUGGGUUCCCCUUGCCCCUCUAAGGUUGGGCAGGGUGACCCUGAAGUGGGCACAGCCUGGAAAUGGGGCUGCGGGAUUGGACACCCUUCUGGCCCUUGAUUCCCACCUCCGUCCUGUGAAGGCAUGGGGAAGGUAGGGGCCUGUAGCAAACCACCCCUGCCUCCCACCCCUCUACCCCCAUCCUCAGGGGAGCCAAUCUCAGUGUUUGGCUUCCCUGUCCCCUGCAUUUUUCCAGGAGCCCCAGAGGCCCCUGUUUCCCAGCCAGGCUCUCAGUCCCUCUCUGCUCCUCUCCCUUCCUCCAUGCCUUUUCUCUUUAGUAUCUUCUCAGCCCUGGGUGGCAGCUCUGAGGGGGUGCCCUAACCCCCAACUCAGUGGACUGGUGGAGGAAAGGACAUGCUAGACGUAGGGUUCCCCAGUUCUACCUCAAGCAGCGACUGCCCCCUCCUCUUAGCUCUUGGGGUGGGGGGUCCUGGGUGGUCAGGCAGGCCUCCUUGAAUGGGGAUCUCUCUGUGUUAGGGGUAGGUGGGUGAGGAGCAGAUUUUUCCAGGAGGGACAGUGUGACACCAGCCCCUGGAACUUGUCCAAGGACUUUUUCCAUUGGCCCCACCCCUUCCCCCAUUUCAUUGCACUUUGAAUAACAGCUGAAGGAGUCAGAUGGCAGGAACAGAGGCUGUGGAUAGGAUAUGCUAAGUGGGCAAAUAUGGGUCUGGGAGCUGUGAGUCAUUGUCUUUCCUGGCGCUGAACCACUUGGUGGGCCUGAGCCCAGACGCCUUGCAGCUCCUGUAGCAUCCUGGCCUGGACUGUUUUCUCCUGGCUCCCGUACGUCCUGUUUCUUCUGUCUCCACCUAGACUGGAAGCCCCUCAAGGGCAGGGAGUGAGUCCCGUACUGCCCUGUGUGCUUUGAAGCCCCGCCCACAGUGCUGAGUAUACAGCAGGUGCUCAAUAAAUACUCCUGAUGACUUUA